AUGAAGCUGAGGGUGAGGUUUGGGUCAGGACGUCGAGUCGCCGUCGUUGACGUUCCGGGAAGUGAGCCGACAGUCAGGGAUGCCAUCGUUGCGACAAAUACGGCCUUGCACAAGCUCGGAUACGAAGGCUCCAAUAUCCAUCUUUCUCUCGAUGGCAGGACGUUGCUAUCUGAGGACGAAACAUUGCGAAGUGUGGGGAUCGUCGCCGGUGACCUAGUUCGUGUCCUGACGCCCGUGCCCAUUAAGGUAACUUGUUUGCGAGAGGAGCUUCGUCGACCAGGUUCCAUUUCGAAUGGAGAAAUUCCGCAGAGCCUCAGAAAUUUCAUCACAUCUACAACUUUUGGCAAUGUGGCUGAGCCGCUGAUCGCACUUUUGAAUUUCUGGAUGCUGGAACUGGGAUUCCGCCCAAGAGACUCGCCGGAUUUAGAGAACCCCAAGUGCUUCGACCGGUUCCCGCUGAGAGAACCUCUUGACCCGUUGCCGCCGCCCGAAGGAGUCUCUCGUUGGAAGCGAUCGUCGGGCUUGUACGUGCUCAAGUAUCGUCACGUUUUGCGGCCUGAGAGCAAGACCGAACUCUUGGUCUCGCUCAUGCUGCCGAAACUGGUCGUGCAAGGGUUUACAGAAGCACUGAAAGAUUGCGGACCGUUCGAUGCUGUGAUCGACACGAAGCUUUAUUCGGCGAACGAUUGGAAGCAUGUCAAGUGUUUGGAGCAGACCUUCAAGGACCGUUUGGGUACUCCGCUGCUGGCUGCGAACCAGAGUGCAGCCGGCGUCAUCCCUACUGGUCUUCUGGGUCUUCCGAAUGAGAUCGUAGAGCACGUGAUGCAUUUUUGUGACUCUGCGUCGCGCGGCCGCCUGGCGUCCGUCUGCGAGCGCUUCUGGCACGUAGACUCGAAGCUGCGUCAGGGAAAACCCGGGUCGCAACCGCACAACGACAAGUCUCGAGUCGUCGCGAGCCUCUUUCUAUAGCUUUCGGCCGUUUCCACCUUCCUUCAGAAAGUCUAUCUUUUUUUUCUUGGGCAAUUUUUUUCUGUGAUAUAAAUCUCGUCGCCAGCACUGCACGUGUCGUGUGUUUCUGUGCACGCUUUUUUCUGGAGG